AUGACGUCACCGGCCUUUCGCAAGUCGUUCCACUCCGAUCCGGCGCCCUCUUCCCUGUCCGCAGCCUCGUCGCCCUCGCCCGCCCCCUGCUCCCCGCUCACAUCCUUCGCACACCCGCCCUCCUCCCUGUAUUUUCAAUCCUCCGCGCCCUCCUCCUCCCUCUCCACUGGUACUCCUGCCGCCAUUUUCGCGGCGAUAGAACGGCGAUCCGUCCCCGCACUCGACGCCGCCAUCGCCGCAUGGCGCCAGCGCACGGGCAGCGCGGAGGGGCCCUCCUAUCCUGGCAGCAGCGGCGCGGCAGCAGCGGGAGCGGCGCGGAUGGGGCGCGACGAGGCGCUGAGCGGGCUACGGUCGAGCCGCGGGUUAACGGCGCUGCACGCGGCGGUGUGGCAGAACCACGUGGGCGUGGUGGCGCGGCUGCUGGAGCUGGGGUGCGACCCCGACGCCGCGGAUUGGGAGUCGGGGUGGACGGCGCUGCACCGCGCGUGUCACUUCGGGCACUGGGCGGUCAUGGGGCGCCUGCUCGCGCACAACGCCUCGCUCUCCGCGCUCGACGCCCUGGGCCGCACGCCGCUGCAGCUGCUGCCGCGCCCGCUGCACCAAGCCCCUGACACCCUUCCCUUCGUCGGCGAGCUUCCCUCUGCUCCUUCGCGCGACUCCGCCUCUCCCUCCACCGCAGAGUCCCCGCGCGCGUCUCUGCGGGGCGCAUCCUUCCCCGUGGGCGCGCAGGUGCAGGCGGAGGUGUUUUCAUGGGGCAACGGCGCCAACUACCAGCUGGGGACGGGCUCCACGCGCAUUCAGCGCACCCCCGCGCGCAUCGACGGCCUCACCACCACCGGCAGCACGGGCGAUGGUGCUGCGAGUGUGAGCGACGGGGAACAUGCUGCCAGUUCCGCCGCGCCGUCCAUGCACCUGGCAGCAGCCGCGGCACCCCCGCCACCUGCAUGUGCGGCUGCAGGCCCGGUGGCUGCAGUGGUGGCGGUGGCGGCGGGUCGGUUUCACAGCGCGGCGGUGACGGCGCGCGGCGAGCUGCUCACGUGGGGCUUCGGACGGGGCGGACGCCUGGGGCACCCCGACUUCGACGUGCACAGUGGGCAGGUGGCGGUGAUUCUCCCCCGGCAUGUGACGGCGGGGCUGGGCGGGCGCCCAGUGCGCGUGGUGGCGGCGGCGAAGCACCACAUGCUGGCCGCCACGCACACCGGGGAGCUCUUCUCCUGGGGCUCCAACCGCGAGGGGCGGCUGGGGUACCCGGCAGUGGACUCGCAGGCGACGCCGCGGCGAGUGGCGGCGCUGCGGCAGCGAGUGGUGGCGGUGGCGGCGGGCAACAAGCACAGUGCGGCGCUGACGGGGGGCGGGGAGGUGUUCACAUGGGGGUGCAACACGCACGGGCAGCUGGGGUACGGCAGCAUCAACAGCACGUCCAGCUGCACGCCGCGCAUCGUGGACCACCUCAAGGGCCGCGCCAUCGCUGCUGUGGCCGCCGCCAAGAGGCACACCGUCGUGCUCACCGCUGAUGGGGAGGUGCGUGCCCGCCACAUACACCCUUGCUCCCUCCCUCCGUCUCGCCUCUCGGCGUACACGUGGGGGCACCGCCUGGUGACGCCGCGGCGAGUCAAGGUGGAGAGGGACGUGCGCAAGGGGGGCGGCUCUGCUGCUGGUGGCGGGGGCGGGGUGAUUCGCUUCCACCAGCAGGCGCGGGUGCAGCUGACAGCGGUGGCAGCGGGCGCCAUGCACACCACGGUGCUGUCACAGGAUGGGCUCGUCUUCUACUGGCGCUCGCACGACCCGCUCCUCAAGUGCCACCAGCUGCUGGCGCUAGCGGAGCAGCGAGCGGUGGCAGUGGCAGCAGGCAAGUGGCGCACAGCCGUGGUGACGGCGGGCGGCAGUGUGUACGUGUGGGACGCCUCCCAGAAGGACACGCCCCUGCCUGCGCCUGCUGCUGCCGCCACUGCCGCCGGAGGAGGCGCGGGGGGGGUGAGAGCAGGAGAGGGAGGAGGCGGAGAUGCAGGCGCAGAGGCAGGAGGUGCAGCGGUGCCCCCCCUGGUGCAGCGCGUGCCUGGCAUCUGCCAGGCGGCCGCUGUGGCCGUGGGCGACCUGCACUCCCUCGCCGUCGCACACGUGCUGCUGCCGCCCCUCCCUCGCCCCUCCCCGCCCCUCCCCGCCCCACCUGCGGCAGUGCCUUGGGCGGCUGGAGAUGCAGGGGUGGAGGGCGAGCAAGGUGGGGCGAGGGGGAGGGCUGUGGGCGAGGAGAACAGGGGGGACGUGGAGGAGGACGAUGAGGAGGGGGGCGAGGAGGAGCAAGUGCAUGAGCUGGGGGGGCGAAUGAGGCGACGAGGCUGGGCGGGUGGAGUCGGGGGGGCAGGGGUGGUGGAGGAAACGGUGGGUGAAAGUAUGGGAGCUGUUGCAGCAGUAACAGAGGCAGCAGGUGGAGGGGCGGGGUGCGGUGCGGCUGUGGGCGAGGGGCAGGGGUGGGUGGCGCCAUUGAAGCAGCUGUGUGAGGCGGUGAUAGCAGCGCACGUGGUGGACGUGCGCAACGUGCUGCCUGUACUUGCUAUCGCCGAUGCUGUGCAAGCUCACCUGCUCACACCCUACUGCCAGCGCCUGGCACUGGCGAACCUGGCGUUCAUAGCCACAGUAGCCCCGCAGCAGCUCGCCCUCUGCCCGCCCUACGUUCUCGCACACCUCGAAGCCGCCUCCCGCGCCCACUCCGCCUCCUCCGCCUCCGCCUCCUCCUCUGCCCCCCCCGCUCCGCCACUGAUUGCUCUCUCGCGCGCUCUGCCCACGGCCACGGCACCCAACGAGCCUGUGCUGGGUGAUGACGACCACGACGAGGGCUACGAGGGGGCGGCCGUGGAGCAGCAGCAGGGGAUGCACGAGUAUGGGCAGCAGCACCCGUGGCCUCACUACCAAGACCACCUGCACUCUCAUUCCUUCGAUUCCAACCCGCAUGCCACUGCCCACGCCCACAGCACCACGUGGCAUGCCACCCCCUCCCCCGACCUGGCCUCGGCGCUCCACAUGGCACGCCAUACCGGCCUCUCCCUCUCCGCCCACCCCUUGGCCGCGCUCAUCCCCUCAGGCCUCGAUGCAGAUCUGGAAAUCACGUCCAGGUUCGGCGGAGGCUCGGGAGUGGACGCAGCUGCGGAGGGUGAGGUGGCGCGGCAGGUGAGGGCGGUGCGGAAGAAGCUGCAGCAGGUGGAGAUGCUGGAGGGGCGGCGGAGGGGAGGGGAGGUGCUGGAUGCACAGCAGAGGGCGAAGGUGGCGGGCAGGGCGCAGCUGGAGAAGGUGCUUGCCGUGCUGGAGGCCGGUGGGCCUGCUGCUGCUGCUCUUGCUGCCGCCCGUGCUGCUUCUGCUGCUGCUGGUAGUGUUGGUGCUGCGGGUGCGGGUGGUGGAAGUGGUGUGGGGGGCAGUGGGAGUGCGAGCGAGGCCGUGCACGCUGCUGCCACACACAGGAGCAACAACACCGCUCCCAGCAAGGGUGCUGGCACAGCUGCAGCAGGGAAGGACAAGAGUGGGAAAAAAGGAGGGCUGGGGUUUCCUAACAGGCAGUCAGAGGGCCAGGAGAGGGAGAAGGCACCGCGUGCAACAUCUGCCUCUCCUGGCCCCGCCGAACCUGUUGCCGGGCCUGGCAGCAUCCAUCCAGCAGGAGGCUCUGUAUCCACAGUGGGUGUGGUUUUGCCCGCUGGUGGAGCGCUCUUUGCGUCACCACCAAUGGCAGGCGCUGCUGCUCACACCACUGCUGCCACCAACACUACCAGUGGUGCCAGCGGUGGCAGUGGGAAGAAGGCGGCGAGGAAGAAGGGGCGCAAGGGUGGGUUGUCGCUGUUCCUCGCUGGUGACCUGGAACGUGACGCUACCGCCUCCACCGCGCCUGCCACGCCUGCUCCUGCACGUGGGGCAGCGGGACCCUCUUCCUCCCCGUCGCCCGCCAAGCCUGCAUGGGGCAUCUCUCGCCAGCCUGCACCACCCGAUGCUCUGCCUGCCCCUACAGAGGCUUCGCCCGCGCGCUCCCUGCGCGACAUUCAGAGUGAGCAGCAGCAGCAGCACAGCAGCAGGGCAGUGCUGCACACUGCACCUGCAUCCAUUUCCCGCCCCCUUGGACACGGCCCCUCUGCUGGAGGCAGUAGUGGCAGUGGCAGCAGCGGUGGCAGGUCCAUGGGCAGCACACAUGCAGUCAGUGCCGUGGGCAGGGCCGCCUCCACACGCACAGGCAGCAACGGGCGGCGGGGCCAGAGGGGGCAGCAGGGCGGUGCACCCGGGUUGCUGGGGUUCGUGUCGACAGCUUCCCCUCACAGCGCAUCUCCUGGGCAAGCAGGGCACGAGCGAGAGGCAGGAGGCGCGGCACAGGGGGCAGGGGGGUGGUCAGGCGGCGAGGGUGGUGGAGUGGCAGCGAGCAUUAGAGUGUCUCUGGGGGAGCUGCUCAAGGCGUCCACCCAACACAAGGCCCACCACCCAGAUGCUGGUGGCGGCGCGGGCAAGGCAAGGGCAGCAGCAGUGGCACCGUGGGCCAAGGAGCGUGGUGGCGAGGGCACGGUGGGAGACGAGCCCAUGGCGCGCAGCCAGGGGAUGAGCAUCGGCAGGGGGGUGGGCAGGGGAGGGGACGGAGGAGGGGGUGCACGUCAGCCUGUUUCACUGGUGGAGAUUCAGCAGCAACAGGUGCGCUUCCUUAUGUCAGCAUUGUUUAUGGUAUGUCUGUGUACUUCUUCUUCGCUCCAUGCCGUGCUACUUGAGUGCCCCUCCAUUUCCAUUGUGUGCGUUGUGCCUGUCGCCCAUCACCAGGAGCUUUCACGACGUCGCGCGCAGCACUCCGGCUCAUGGGGCAGCCCCACCACUGCCAUGCUCUCCGCGUCGCCAUCCCAUGCUGCCACACCACCAACGGCACUGCCACCACAACGGCCUGCUGCCUCUGCUCCCGUCACAUGCUCCCCAUCCUCCCCAGCUCCCUCGCCCUCACCCAGCCGUUUCUCGGCUUCCUCGUCUCCUGCCGUAUCCGCCACUCCCCAUGGCUCAUCUGCCCGCACGCGUGCCUCUGGUAGUGGUGGAAGCACGUCUGCUGCUGUUGCUCUUGGCACCACCACGACAUGCGGGGGGUUUGCCCCUGCUGCAGUGGAGGCGGAGAGCCGGUGGUACAAGGGGGUUGAGGAGGGGGAAAGGGCAUCGUCGCUGCGCAGCAUCCAGAUUGAAGAGCAAGCCAUGAGGGAGCUCAAGAGCUUUGGCUUCGCCAGUGUGCGAGUGGUCAGGGAUGGGUGA